AUGAAGUACAUGCUUAAUAGAAGGGGAUGGAUGAGUUUUAUAAAAUUUCACUCAAUUUUUAACUCACUCAAAUUGGUGAAUUUGGGGAAAUUUUAUUUUGAAAUGAACAAAGGACAGUCACCGGAGCCGCUUGAUUUCUUCAUCUGGACUGUUGAGGAUGUUGGCAUGUGGCUGGAGACUAUAAAUCUUGGUAGUUAUCGGCAAACUUUUAGGGAAAAUGGUGUUAAUGGCGAAUACUUGGAAGGGAUGUCUAUGUUCACGACUGAACAGAUCCUUCGUUUCAUAAGACGUUGCCACAUGAAGUGGGGAGACUUCAUCACAUUAUGCAAGGAAUUGAGACGGAUUAAAGUGGCUUGUUUGAAAGGGGACCAAAAGGUGCGGCGGCCGUGGUGGGCACCGGCAUGCCUGUCAACAGUGUUCUUAAAGGUUGCAAAAUCCAACAGACAGUCAAGAGUUGUUUCCUUGAAAUUGGAACCAUGA